CCUCCCAACAAGAACAUGCCUCUCGCCAAAGACCUCCUUCACCCCUCACCGGAGGAGGAGAAGCAGAAGCACAAGAUGAAGCGGCUGGUGCAGAGCCCCAACUCCUACUUCAUGGACAUCAAGUGCCGAGGAUGCUAUCAGAUCACCACCAUCUUCAGCCAUGCACAGACUGUGGUUUUGUGUGUGGACUGCUCCACUGUCCUCUGCCAGCCUACAGGAGGGAAAGCCAGGCUUACAGAAGGAUACUCCUUCAGACGGAAGCAGCACUAAAAGCUCCCUAAAUCAGAUGAACGGGAAAUCAACCCAAUAAACAUAUUUUGGAUAAAAAAA